AUGCAAAUAAUUGAUGAUAUUGAAGAUGACUGGGAGUUUUCAGAUGAUGAUAACGACCCAGUAAUACAAGACGCAAUAAACGGAGGUCAAUUAGUCCAGAAGCAAGCAAAGAAACAAAAGCCACGACUGCAGAGACUGCAACAACUGCAACAAUCAGCUUCAAAGAUCCCACCAGCAAAGAACUCCAAACAGGACACUACUGUUGCUCCGAAGACAACCACCCCAACCCCCAAAAGAACUAUCCAGCAUAUACUACCCAUAUUACCUAAAAUAAAUAUCCCUACUCACCAUGAAAUGGACUUUGGAAACUUGCACACCUAUAUCUACCCAACCAAUUUUGAAGUUCGAGACUAUCAAUAUAACAUUGUCAGAAAAGCAUUCUAUGAUAACUUAUUGGUUGCAUUACCCACGGGGUUGGGAAAGACGUUUAUUGCAUCCACGGUUAUGCUAAACUUCCUACGAUGGUUCCCCAAUUCCAAAAUCAUAUUUAUGGCCCCAACUAAACCAUUGGUGGCACAACAAAUCAAAGCUUGUUGUUCGAUAACGGGUAUAUCUAGCUCCAAGGUUGCCAUAUUGUUGGAGAAGACCAAGAAGAAUCGAGAAGAGAUAUGGAAUUCGCGUCAGGUGUUCUUCACAACACCUCAAGUGGUUGAAAAUGACUUGGCCUCUGGUGUGGUAAACCCAAAGUCAAUAGUACUAUUGGUUAUCGAUGAAGCACAUAGAGCAAGGGGAAACUAUGCCUACAACAACGUGGUCAACUUUCUCCGUCGUUUUAAUGAUUCCUUUAGGACUUUGGCAUUGACGGCAACACCAGCAGCCGACGUAGAUGGUGUACAAGACGUCAUUGAUAACUUAAAAAUCUCCAAGGUUGAAGUUAGAACGGAGCAAAGCAUUGACAUUAUCAAGUACAUGAAGAGAAAGAAAAUCAGUCGACGAACGUUGAAUACAUCACUGGAGAUUCAAAACUGUGUUGGUUUGUUGUCGAGAGCAAUUGCCCCGGUUUUGAAAUCAGCUAAUGAAAAAGGGUUGCUUGAAGUCACUGAUCCUGCACACAUCAAUGCUUUUAAGUGCAUGGAAGCUUCACGAAGACUUAUUGCCAAUCAUUCAAUUCCAGAAGGCCUCAAAUGGGCCAACUAUUUUAUCCUACAGCUUCUUGGUACGGUUGGACAAUGUUAUCGACGAUUGAAUAUCUACGGAGUGAACUCGUUUUAUAGUUAUUUUAUCAACAAGUAUAAUGAGUUUGACACUAAGUGGAAUAAGAAAAAGUCCAAGAAUAAGUUGAAUGCUGACUUUUAUUAUAGCGAACCCAUUAAGGAGCUAAUAGAGAGUCAAGAACAUACAUUAUCCAGUCAAGCCUACAGUCAUCCGAAAAUUGAAGCACUUAUGGAAGAGCUUGAAGACUUUUUCCAAGAAAAACAUGAUGAUGCUAGUUCUCGAGUAAUCAUUUUCACGGAAUUUCGAGAAUCUGCGUUGGAAAUUGUCAAGAGUAUUGAGAAGGCAGGAGACGAAUUUAAACCACAUAUUUUCAUAGGACAGGCCAAGGAGAAGGAGAAAUUUGACGUGGAGAAUUUUGGUAACAAGAAGGGAACCAAGAAGAAAUCAAAAAAGGAUGAUCAUGCGAGGGACUCUCUGCGUACCAGCUCCGAAAACGCUCAAAUAAGCGGUAUGAAUCAGAAAUUACAAAAGGAAAUAAUCAAAAAGUUCAAGAAUGGAGAGUAUAAUAUUCUAGUGGCCACUUCAAUUGGAGAAGAAGGGUUGGAUAUCGGUGAAGUUGAUUUGAUUGUUUGCUACGAUUCGACUUCGUCACCAAUAAAGAAUAUUCAGCGAAUGGGUAGAACCGGUCGUAAGAGGGAUGGAAAGGUUCUUUUAUUAUUUUCAAGCAAUGAAGAGUCAAAGUUUGAUAAAGCAAUGGCAGGAUAUGAAUACAUUCAAAGUCAUAUAAUGAAGGGUGACUUGAUUACUUUGUGUCCUCAAAAUAGAAUCAUACCCGAUCAAUAUACACCAGAAGUGGUUGAGACCUUUAUUGAAAUUCCUGAAGAGAAUGUAGAAAUUGAACAAGAAGAUGAUGAAGAUGAAAUUAUUAAAAUUGCCACUCAAUACAUGUUGGGAAAUACACCAAAGAAGAAAAAUACUCAUGGGAAGAAACAACCAAAACAUCAAAAGAAGUUUUUCAUGCCUGAUAAUGUUGAUACUGGGUUUAAAAAUGUUUCUGAAAUGUUAAAGGAGGUAAACAAUAAGGCGAAAACUAAGUCACCUCCCCGUCGGCGGAUCAAAACUGCGUUAGAUUUUCUUGAAUCUGAUAGUGAUGAUGAUCUAGAGAUUACAACGGAGAGAAGCUUGAGAAAUGAAAAUGUAGGAAUCAGCAAGGAAAGGGUUUUGGAGAACGGAGAUGCGGAUGAGGAUUUGGAGGAUGAUGAUAUAGAGAUUACAAUGGUGAGAAGCUUAGACAAUGACGAUCAUCCAAAUACUACAGAAAGCAACGUAGUCAUUUUCACUGAUGUAUCAAAUGCCAAAGAUGAAGAGUUGGAUCAUCAUCAUACUCCAUCGACCAGUUUCAAUUCAGCGACAGAUAAUAAUUUUAAACCACCGGCGGGAGAAUCCAGUACAGUUGACGAAAUUGACCUCCUUAAUGAUUCCUUUUCAUUCAGUGAUAAUGAUGACGUUGAGGAUUUUGAAGUACCAGCUCAGCAAGUCGAUGUCCCAGCUAAAGAACUGAGAAAUGAUUCACAUAAUGUUCAAAGCUUAUCAAACUCACAAAACUCUCAAAACUCACAGACCUCGCAAAGGACGCUUGGAAUUAAAAAACAACAGCAUGUUCUAAAUCUCGACCAUUUACCAAGAAAGCGCAUAUUAAUUCGUGAUGAUGAGUUGGAUUCAUAUGAAAGUAUAACCAGCACAUCGACACAAAAGAAAAGGUCAUUAGGAGUGAAGAAACCAAGAAGAAUAGAGUCAAUAAGCGCAGCUGUACUGAAAGUCAAGCCAGUUCACCACUACGUGAAUCAGGGAGAAUCAACCCCAAGUGAAUCUGCGAUAACACAUGAUACAGAUAAAGGAGUUGCCACUGGAAGGGCUGCUGUUUGUAAAGACGAUUAUGAUGAUGAUAACCUUUUGGAUGAUGAUUUAGACGAUGUAAUUGCUCAUUAUACUGGUAUAAUUAACAAGUGA